GCCUGAGGACCUGGCUCUCCGCACAAUCAGACAUGAGGUUCAAACUCUGAAGGGAUCCUCUGUCUCAUUCAGUAUCUCCACCCCUUCCUGUCCUAAGAGGACCUUUCGUAUUGCAGACGCCUUUACCUCCCCAUGCUUGGCUCUGGCAGAUCACACCUACCCCAUUGCUCGACUGAAGAAAGGUACAAGCAUCUGGCAGAUAUUCCCCUCGAGCCCUUAGAGCAUGUGAAGCCACUCAUACUUAUAGGUGCGGAUCACCCCCAUCUCCUAACACCAAUCGAGCCGGUGAUACUUGGCCCACCAGGAGGACCAGCAGCUGUUCACACAAGGCUGGGAUGGACCCUACAAGGACCUGCUCAUCUCAUGCAGUGUACAACGAGUACCAGGCAGUGUCUUUUCACCAGUAUCUCCCCUCAGACAGAGCUGGCACAGAAUGUAGAAAGGCUUUGGAAGAUGGACGUGCUGCCCUACCGAAACAGCAAAGUGGUUGUACGUUCAAGGCAAGAUACGGAAGCAGUGGAGAUCCUUGAGAAUAAGACGAGGCGAGUAAAUGUUGCAGGCGUUCUCAGGUACGCAACCCCACUGCUGAGGAAACGGGAACAUCCCUCCCUCAGAGCACCAAAAGAGGCCGUCCUAUCAAGUCUCAGAAGUCUGGAAAGGCGGCUGGAAAAGAACCCCCAAAGGGCUAGCGAGUACUGUGAGGCAAUCCACAAGCUGGUGGAGACUGGAGCCGUCAGAAAGGUCGAUCCACAGGAAGCCCCACUCACGGAGGAAUCGUGGUACAUUCCCCACCACCUAGUGAGCCAUAAUGAGAAAAGUCGUCUGGUCUUCAACUGUUCAUACCAGUUCCAGGGUCGAAGCCUGAAUGACGCUCUUCUUCCGGGACCUACACUAGGACCCUCUUUGCUUGGAGUCCUGCUACGCUUCAGGGAGCAUGCGGUGGCAGUCAGUGGAGAUAUUCGCAGUAUGUUCCACCAAGUUCGGCUCCUCCCAGAAGACUGUUCGCUCCUUAGAUUCCUCUGGAGGGACAUGAAGCGAAACGAACCCCCAGACAUCUUUGAGUGGCAGGUUCUGCCUUUCGGCACUGCAUGUUCACCUUGUUGCGCCAUCUUUGCUCUCCAGAAGCAUGCAAGAGAACAUGGUGGACCAGACGAAAGGGUCAGGAAUUCGGUGGAGCAGUGUUUCUACGUGGACAACUGUCUUCAGAGUGUGCCCACAGCAGAAGAGGCUAAAGAGCUGGUGGAUCAGAUCAGGGAAGUCUUGGCUGCAGGAGGAUUCGAGGUCCGCCAAUGGGCCUGCAAUGUUCCUGACGUCCUUAAGCACCUACCUGGAGAAGCAAGGUCUGACGGGAUGGAGAGGUGGCUGCCACACAAUGAGUCUGGCAUGGCGGAACCAACCCUGGGACUCAGCUGGCACUGGGAAACAGACACCUUAGGCUACAAGAGCCGGCCCCUGGACUAUGGAUCGUUAACCAUGAGAAACGUCUAUAAGGUGCUGGCCCGGCAAUACGAUCCGCUGGGGUUCAUCUCGCCCUUUACAACUCGUGCUAAGCUGAUUGUCCAGAGCAUGUGGGAUGGACCGCGAGAUUGGGAUGACCCAAUUAUUCCCCCAGAUUUGCAGAAAGCGUGGAUGGAAUGGGAGUCGGAGUUACCUCUGCUGUCACGCAUCACCCUACCACGUCCAUAUGCUCCAGCUCAUACAGAACAGAGCGUGGUCUCUAGACAAAUCCAUGUCUUCAGUGACGCCUCCGAAAAGGCUUAUGGGGCUGUGUCUUAUCUGAGAACUGAAGAUGGAGAGGGACGAGUCUACCUAGGGUUCCUAGCAGCAAGAUCCAGGGUGGCCCCCAGACGGCAAUGCUCAAUCCCCCGCCUCGAACUCUGUGGCGCCUUGUCAGCUGCUCAGCUUGCACAGACAAUCGAGAAGGAACUGAGCAUCAAGACAGAUCAGACGAUUCUCUGGAGUGACUCCACAACAGUGCUUACUUGGUUGAAAUCAGAGUCAUGCCGCUUUAAGGUCUUCGUUGGCACUCGUAUAGCAGAGAUUCAGGAGCUUACAGAGCAGAGUGAGUGGCGUUACGUAGACUCAGCGCAGAACCCAGCUGACGAUGUCACCCGAGGAAAGACCUUAGCAGAGCUGGCUAUGCCUAAUCGUUGGAGCCAAGGGCCAACUUUCCUUCUCAAGGAACCCGAUAAAUGGCCAUCCUGGCCGUGCAGUGAAACCAACCAGGAUCUGUCGGAGUAUAAGAAGGUGACAACUUGCGGGGUCAUGAACCGUGCAGAUCGACCAGAGACCUUACCAGUGCGCUCCUAUCUGACAUGGAAGGACAUGGUGAAGUCCGUAGCUCAGCAGUCUCAUGGGGCGGCAAAUCAGGAGCCUUUGACUGCAGCCGACUACAAGAAAGCAGAGAUGACGAUCUUCAGGAAAGUCCAGUCUGAGUGUUUCCCAGAGGAGAUGCAUCACCUAAAGGCAGGCAAGGCACUUCUCAAGAGUAGCCGUAUACUUAGCCUCUCACCGGAGCUAGAUCCUGACGAGGACAUUAUACGGGUAGGAGGAAGACUCAGACGUGCGGAGGAGUUAGAUCCUUCUUUCAAGCAUCCCAUUGUGCUGGACCCCUCUCAUUCAGCUACAAAGCUCCUUAUACAGGAUUAUGAUUCCCGUCUCUGUCAUCCGGGCUCCGAGCGAGUAUUCGCAGAGUUGCGCCGUACCUUUUGGGUUCUUCGUGGCAGAGAGGCCAUUCGGAAAGUGCAACAUCAAUGUGAAGAGUGCCGGAGGUGGAAGUCCAAGCCGAGUAUUCCAAAGAUGUCCGACCUACCUGCAGCCCGUCUACGACUACACAAGCCCCCGUUCUUCUCUACGGGUGUCGACUGCUUCGGACCUUUCCAUGUCAAGUUGGGACGGCGUUCGGAAAAGAGAUGGGGGAUUAUCUAUAAGUGCCUCACCACCCGUGCAGUGCACCUGGAUAUCCUACACAGUAUGGAUGUGGAUUCAUUCUUAAUGAGCCUCAGACGGUUUGUUGCACGCAGAGGAAAUCCAGCAGAGCUUUAUUCAGACCAGGGGACAAACUUUCGAGCUGGCGAAAGGGAGCUCUAUGAGUCCUUUAAUAGCAUGUCCUCAGAUCUCCAACGAAUUCUGGCUGCGCAGAAGAUUGACUUUCGCUUCAACCCCCCUGCAGCUCCUCACUUCGGGGGGACGUGGGAGAGAGAGAUCAAGUCUGUAAAGUCCGCUUUGAAUACCGUUAUAGGAGCUCAAUCCAUCUCUGAAGAGGUGCUUCAUACGACUCUACUGGAGGUUGAGGCCAUCUUAAAUGCCAAACCGUUAGGUUACACCUCAUCUGACGUGGCUGACUUGGAUGCAGUAACCCCAAAUGUUCUUCUGAUGGGGCGGCUUGACGGAUCACUGCCACCCGUGGUGUAUCAGAAGAGUGAGAAACUAAGUAAGCGAAGGUGGAGGCACUGUCAAGUUAUGGCCGAUCAUUUCUGGUCAAGAUUCAUUCGGGAUUACUUACCAUCCUUGCAGAAAAGAGGGAAGUGGCAUGACACCCCUUUGGAUCUUACAGUGGAUUCAGUUGUGUUGCUGAUGGACCCCCAGUUUCCCAGGGCUCUCUGGCCGGUUGGCAGAGUGGUUAAAGUGCAUCAAAGUGCGGAUGGUCAUGUGAGGUCUGCAGACGUGCAAGUCAAGGAUAAGAUCUACACUCGUCCAGUGGCUAGACUUAUCACGCUUCCUGUGAUCCCUGAUGACGAUGAUAUUCAUGGUGCCAAACCCUCUUCCGAUUAGGAGUGAGUCUUUGCAGGAACAAAUUGCAAGCAAUUUGGGGGCGGCUGUGCAAAAGACUCAGACGGAAGAGGACUUUUAUUAUGAUAGCGAUAAUCGCUCAUAUGGCGCAACGGCGGAAGAGCGCUAGUUCUAAACAGUGCUGCACAUCAAUGCAUGUUUGUCUCGCUGUGCUGUGCAUUCUGGACACAUGAGUCGGGUUGCUGUGGAGACAAGCACCAGAUUGUGUUGUGGUGUGUUCAUGUGCGUGUGAUCAGAGGAAACCACAUCUCACACCUCUACCUGCAUUAAUCUGGGAAAACUCUCAAAUACAGCCACUCUUUCAUCUCCAUUUCUACAUGCCAUGCAACAAAGCCCAUGCAUACAGCUCUGACUUGCCUCUAUUAAAGGAGCAUCCCUCAGCCUGUGCACUGCCCUGUUAAAGGACCACUGCAACCAUUAUCAUUACCCACAAUAACGCCUGCUCUGCUCUUCUUUAAGCUGUACUCUCAUACAGAGUUUUGCUGUGUGCUACCUCUUACAUAUUGAAUGUUGGCUCUCCCCUCUGAUACAUGUUCUAUGGUGUGCCGAAUAAAAGGCUCAAGUUGA